AUGUCCUCUACAACAACUACAACAACAACAACCACUGCCCCUGCAGCAACAUCAUCGUGCAACGCAACGCUCUAUGAGAUCCCAAGCAGGGAUGCUGCGUGUGCUAUGCCCAUGAACGGCGCCUACCAUACCCUAAUGACCGACUGCUGUGGCUCCGCCAGCGUUAUCUCUUACUUGGACUGCGACUACUACUGCCUUGCGCAGAACCAGACCAUUGGCGACCUUGCAGAGUGUCUAAUCAAGGGUUCUGCGGCAGGACAGGUAUGGUGUAAUAAAAAUGCGAAUGCUACAGCUACGGGAACUGCAACUGUGGCCACAAGCGCGACUGCGAGCGCAACGGAAGGUCAAAAGUCUGAACCGACUGGAUCGAAUGAGACGGUGGCUAUGGGUUUGGAUAUUAGGUCUGUGUUGGUGCUCGUAUUGGUGGCGCUUGGUGGCAUUGCGUAUCCUCUUGAUUGA